AUGUUCCCCAAUGGCACCGCCUCCUCUCCCUCCUCUCCUAGCCCCAGCCCGGGCAGCUGUGGCGAAGGCGGCGGCGGCAGGGGCCCCGGGGCCGGCGCUGCGGACGGCAUGGAGGAGCCGGGGCGAAAUGCAUCCCAGAACGGGACCUUGAGCGAGGGCCAGGGCAGCGCCAUCCUCAUCUCUUUCAUCUACUCCGUGGUGUGCCUGGUGGGGCUGUGCGGGAACUCCAUGGUCAUCUAUGUGAUCCUGCGCUACGCCAAGAUGAAAACGGCCACCAACAUCUACAUCCUCAACCUGGCCAUUGCCGAUGAGCUGCUCAUGCUUAGCGUGCCCUUCUUAGUCACCUCCACGUUGCUUCGGCACUGGCCCUUCGGCGCGCUGCUCUGCCGCCUCGUGCUCAGUGUGGACGCAGUUAACAUGUUCACCAGCAUCUACUGUUUGACUGUGCUCAGCGUGGACCGCUACGUGGCCGUGGUGCACCCCAUCAAGGCAGCACGCUAUCGCCGGCCCACCGUGGCCAAGGUGGUGAAUUUGGGGGUGUGGGUGCUAUCGCUGCUGGUUAUUCUGCCCAUCGUAGUCUUCUCGCGCACGGCGGCCAACAGCGACGGCACAGUGGCCUGCAACAUGCUUAUGCCUGAGCCAGCCCAGCGCUGGCUGGUGGGCUUCGUGUUGUACACAUUUCUUAUGGGCUUCCUGCUGCCCGUCGGGGCCAUCUGCCUGUGCUACGUACUCAUCAUCGCAAAAAUGCGCAUGGUAGCCCUCAAGGCUGGCUGGCAGCAGCGCAAGCGCUCUGAGCGGAAGAUCACCCUGAUGGUGAUGAUGGUGGUGAUGGUGUUUGUCAUCUGUUGGAUGCCUUUCUACGUAGUGCAGCUGGUAAAUGUAUUCGCGGAGCAGGACGACGCCACGGUGAGCCAGCUGUCGGUCAUCCUCGGCUAUGCCAACAGCUGCGCCAACCCCAUUCUCUAUGGCUUUCUUUCGGACAACUUCAAGCGUUCUUUCCAGCGCAUCCUGUGCCUCAGCUGGAUGGACAACGCCGCGGAGGAGCCGGUCGACUACUAUGCCACCGCCCUCAAGAGCCGCGCCUAUAGCGUGGAGGAUUUUCAGCCAGAGAACCUGGAGUCCGGCGGCGUCUUCCGCAAUGGCACCUGUACGUCCCGGAUCACGACUCUCUGAGCGGGGGGCCGUUCAAGGGCCCUUCGCAAAGGGAGGAGGAGGAGGAGGAGGAGGAGAAAAGGAGGCCGGGUGCGAGAGGUGAAAGUAUCCUAGAGAUCACAGUAGGAUGGGGCAAAGUGUGGCUAGGACACUGCGCUUCGGGGUUGAGAGACUAGAAGAAAUGCUCGCUACAGAAAUGGAAUUGGGCGUUUUGCUUGUACACGGGGAAAGCUUGUGGGCUCCCUUCUCCGCUGUCUCCUACUCUCCCUCCUUCCUACACUGCGCUUGUACUUCUGCACCCUCUCUGCUCCCCACUCCGUAACUUUGAUAUUUCUUUCCGCCAAGUCCUGCAGGUACAGAUCGUGGACUCAUUACUGUCGCUAACUCAGGCUGACCCUCAGCCCUGC